UGCAGAAGAUCAUUUUGAUCGGAAAAGCUGCUGAAUCAGCUGCUUUUGUGUCGGCUUCCUCCUCCGGCAGCCGCAGGACUCAAAGCUUCACUUCAGUUGGCUUUGAAUUUACCGAGGUGGGUUUCAUUCAUCCGUCAGUCUGUGCUCUCGGGUGCUCCAUCAUGCUCCAACAUAAUUGGUUCCUCGCGAUCUGUGCCCUGCUCUCAUUGGCCGUACCCGUGCUGGUCGCCGCGGAGACCUGUCCAGCGGGGAUGCCAGGAAUGCCAGGUAUUCCCGGGAUGCCUGGCAGGGACGGUCGUGACGGACCGAGAGGACAGAAGGGACAGCCAGGUACAGUGUUGCUUGGCAGUGGUGGCCCUCUGAAAGGACAGAAGGGGGAGCCGGGUCAGUUUGGAUUAGCUGGUAAACGAGGUCAAAGUGGGGAACCGGGAGAACCAGGGAGCCCAGGGAUUCCUGGACCCCCAGGAGAACCAGGAGAACCAGGGAAUGUUGGCGUCCAGCAGCGGGCAGCCUUCAGUGUGGCCAGAGGAACCAACGAAUACCCAGACAGAGCCAGUAUCAUUCGGUUCACCACCGUCAUCACCAACAUCAACAAUGACUACAACACCGCAACAGGACGCUUCAGGUGUCGUGUCCCGGGAACGUACUACUUUGUCUACCACGCCUCGAUAGAGGACCGACUGUGUGUGCUGAUGAAGCUGGACCAAACACUGCUGAUGCCGUUCUGUGAUCAUCGCCGCACCAGGAGACAGGUGACCUCGGGCAGUCUGGCGGUCUACCUGUCGAGGGAUCAGGAGGUUUGGCUGGAAACUAAAGACUACAGAGGGAUGCGAGGAAAGCCGUCCGGUUACAGCAUCUUCACUGGCUUCCUGCUGCAGGCUCACUGAAGCAUGAAACAGUUUUUUUUUUUGCCGCACUUUUGCAACACUCCAAGGCUGAAAUAAUAAUCCUCCCUUCCUUCACACUGACCGUUCAACCUUCCUGAAAAAGGGAGAUGUUGAUUACUUUUAAUUUCCCUUUAUUUACUCAGGUUGAUCACUUUCUAAAGACAGUGAAGGAAGCAUAAAAAACAUUAUUACAAAAAAA